AUGUCCGUCGCAGCUCUCCGAGAAAUCGGAAUCACGGCCACGGCUCCAGAAACGCCACCACCGGUCGCCGUCCCUCCACCACUUCCAACGUCUUCUGUGGAUGUUUCUUCUGAUGAUUACAUAAAACUGACCUCCCUGGAGACCCAAUUGGCACAUCUUCAGGUUAUGGAGGAUUAUAUCAAGUUGGAAACAAGAAAUCUCGAGAAAGAGUUGCUCCAUGCACAGGAAGAAGUGAAACGUAUUCAAUCGGUUCCACUGGUUAUCGGACAAUUUUUGGAAGCCGUUGAUCAGAAUCAUGCCAUCGUUGGUAGCACCACGGGAUCCAAUUAUUAUGUCCGCGUUCUUUCGAUUUUGGAUCGAGAACUUUUGAAGCCCGGAUGCUCGGUGGCUCUUCAUAAAUAUUCGAAUGCGCUUGUCGACGUUCUUCCUCCAGAAGCAGACAGCUCGAUCCAAAUGCUUCGUCCAGAUGAGAAACCAGACGUUUCUUAUGGAGAUAUCGGAGGUUUGGAUAUGCAAAAGCAGGAGGUUCGUGAGGCUGUUGAGCUUCCACUCACCCAUGGAGAACUCUAUCAACAAAUUGGAAUUGAUCCUCCAAGAGGAGUUUUGAUGUACGGACCACCGGGAUGUGGAAAGACAAUGUUGGCGAAGGCGGUUGCUGCGAAUACGGCUGCGUCUUUUAUUCGUGUCGUUGGAUCGGAAUUUGUGCAGAAGUAUUUGGGAGAAGGGCCCCGUAUGGUUCGUGAUGUUUUCCGUCUGGCUAAGGAGAACAGUCCAUCGAUUAUCUUCAUCGACGAAAUCGAUGCGAUCGCCACAAAACGUUUCGAUGCUCAAACUGGAGCUGAUCGUGAGGUCCAACGUAUCCUUCUCGAGUUGCUCAACCAAAUGGACGGAUUCGAUCAAAGCACGAAUGUCAAAGUGAUCAUGGCCACAAAUCGUCAAGAUACCCUUGAUCCCGCCCUUCUCCGACCCGGACGUCUCGAUCGUAAAAUCGAAUUCCCACUUCCGGAUCGUCGUCAGAAGCGUCUCGUCUUCACUACCAUCUGCUCUCGUAUGAAUCUGUCUGAUGACGUGGAUUUGGAAGAUUGGGUUGCUCGUCCGGACAAGAUUUCCGGUGCUGACAUCAACUCGAUUUGUCAGGAAGCCGGUAUGCAGGCAGUACGUGAGAAUCGCUAUGUGGUUCUGACCAAGGAUCUGGAGAAGGCCUACAAAAAUGUCGUCAAGAAGGACACCAACGAUUUUGAGUUCUACAAGUAA